AUGAAUGAACUGGUUGCUGAAAGUCUUUCGUGUAGAAGUGUAAAGAGGUGUACUUGGUAUUUUCAUACAGGCGCUACAUACCUAGGAAAUCAAUAUCACCUGGGAGAAUCUCUAUAUGAAAAUCCGCUAUAUCGUCAGGAUGGAUAUCAUCGUUCAGGCUAUGAAUAUCCAUACAACCAAGGUUCCUCUCAUUGGUACAUGUCCGGUCCAAGGCAUUAUGGCGCUCCCCCAUACUACGGGAGAAGUUCUUCCCAUGACAAUAUGGGCUAUAACCCUCUAUUAUAUGGAGGUGCUUAUCCACCCGGGGAAGCCUCUUCAUAUUUGAGCAUGAUACACGACAAGGAAAACUUCCAACCUCAAGGUUGCGGUUGGGAUGGUGUUCAACAACGCUGCACUGACGGACUAGGAAUUUGCCGAGGCGGUUGCCGUGACUUUUCAAAUGCAUACAGUGCUUUGAGGGAUUGUCGAUGUAUUCCAUACGGAUAUUCGGCAUUAAUGCGACUGGUCGGCGGAUUCAAGAAAACCAAGAAAGUC